CUCCUCUCAGUUUUUUGGAGGAGACUACAAUUAGCAAUGCUGCUGCCUAUUUCUCAAGAAAAGGAUAAGGACUAAUGCAGUAGAACCAAAACAAAAGGAUAAGUAAAAAUGGCGUCGUAUACUAAUUCCUCGAGGAGGUGUGGGGUGAGGCUCAUCAUGGGCCACUCUGCUUCGACCUCGUCAACACAUAUCCUCAUUGGAAACUACCGAAGCAGGCAUCUUCAGAUACCUGUCGUGGAGACUGCUGGUGGAACUGGAAGGUAUGCUACGCGUACUAUCCUCGGUCGAACCGCUCCUGUGGGAUAUCAUCGUGCUGCCCUAGUAGGACAUCACCCGGAAAAUGCCCAGUGUAGAGCGAUGGCGUCUACUGCUGCGGCAGCAAAACCUCACAGUCUUCAGCUUCACGAGAUACCUUUGCCAGGAGUUCCCGUGAACAGGAAGCUCCCAUUCGACAGAGUGUUACGAGGAAAAAGAGAGUCUCCCACACACCUAUAGAUUUUUUAACAAAUAUAGAAUAUGAGGAGACUGUCCUAAACGACUUUGUCCUUCAUGACCAGUAUGCAUGAAGAUGUGUGGACUCUGUUUUUUUGACUCUACCACUCGGCUCUGGAGGAUCAGUCGUACUUUGCGAGGCUAGCAAGAGGCCGAGUCCAGAGUCUGUACCAGAGGCGUAGGCAACAUCUCCUGCCACUGCAGAUCUUGCCUAUAUUUACGGCUAUCAUGGGGUUCACGCGACGCCAGUAUGUGCAAGUAUGUCGUAACUAGAAUUGCUCAACGACCAUGAGACAGACAACGUCCCUGUUUUUGGGAAUCUGAAAAGUCGUGACCUCGUGUUCUUGCGAGACGAGUGAGACUGCAAAAGUAAAUGUUCUAAUGUCUGGGCCCUUUCUCGGACGGUGCCAAGAGACUUGCAGUUUGCGGCGCGUCUAAUUUCCGCUCCCUUGUGGCUCUUUGCGGGAGGAGGAGUCAUCUGCGUGGCAAUGAUUAAGGCAAAGUUUUUUGACAUCAUGGUCGUUCUGAGACGUUUUCUAAGUUAGCCUCAGGUACUCAAUCCCUUUUCCGACUGUCUUCAAAAUGAGCAAGCUGCGGGACACGAAGGAAGCGGAUGCGGAAAGAGAAAGAAGGCACAACGAAAACGCGGUUCCGUUUAGUUUUGAGACCGCUGCUGCGACCUGGACAGUGCAGUACGCGUGGAUGCUUAUGGUAGCACGUGCAGGGCUGCACUAUGCACUACAGCUCUCGGAAUUCGCGGUACCGAAGAUUUCUGCGUAUAGUCACCCUUGGAAAUUUGGUCGUGGCAUGUUUCCUUUAGUGUUAUGGCUAAGUUCAAUCGAGUUUCUGAACCACGUAGGGAGUUUUGUUGGAAGGUCAUUUAAUAUUUUCUUUGAACAAGCAGGAAUUUGUGUUUCAAUCUUUCCUUGAAGUAAGAAGAGUGUACGCAAUAACUGACUGUUGAGUUGUCUGUAGCACGUUGUGAGUAAGUGGAAGAAAUAAAACGAAAUUGUGUGGCGUUUUAUUUUCGCUAAUAGUGGCUAUCCUUUUAGGCUGCCAGUGGUUACCAGUAGGCAAGUGCAUUUGCGAGCAUGGUGGGGUCGAGUCGUGGAAAGCCCGCGCGGGAGAAAUCGCAGGCGAUGGGACGCUCGUCAUGUACUAUAUUAAAAAUGUGGUACUAAUUCAUCUGUGUCCCUUGUCGUGAUCUGUCAGGUCUUUCAUGUGUGUCUGAGAUCUCUCGAAGUCGACUCUCUUGAUUGUGUGUUGUCUCUCGUCUACUGUGGAUCCUGUUUUCCACCUUCACAACAUAUUUAAAUAACAGGUCGUUUCUGCAGUUCGUGUUGUAUGACUGGUUGUGGCACAGGAAGGCCCUCGCACCGCAGUUUUGGGGCCAGCUGGCGCUUUCGUGCAUGCUCUACAUCAAUCUAGCGCUAGCUACAGUGCGGUACGUGGUACGGUAUGCCGAAGACACACCCGAUAUAAAGGGACCACGGAUCGACUUCGCCGCGGAGUGUUGAAUCUGGCAAUUGUUACUUAGUGUUGAAUCUUCCAUAUUAGCGAUUUUUGUAAGAGCCUCAGGAUUUGUCUGGGUUGGUCGAUUGUGAUCAAAU